AUGAACGGCCAUGCAGCACCAAGGAAACAUCAACGCCAUGAUGUGCCCGUGAAGAUGAAAGCGCUACAAUACUCAGGACCUGAAAAGUUUGCAGUUGAAACUAUCGAUGUUCCUACCUUUGGUGACGAUGAUGUCCUUGUGCGAAACGCCUACUAUUACCUCAAGUUUAGAUUUGCACUACCAGUAAGAUCCAGAUCUGCUGCGCAUGCGACGCAUGCACUGACGUUUUAUCUCUACUUCUGCAGCAAGGGCGAGUUUCUGGCCAAGUGGCCUUUGAUACCGGGCCAUGAAGCAGCAGGCACUGUCGUCGCUAUCGGCAAAAACGUCAAGAACGUUGCCAUUGGUGAUCGCGUCGCAGCUGAUGCUUUGCAGCCGUGUCUGAACUGCUUUUAUUGUACCCGCAGGAAGACCCAACUUUGCGAGAAUAUCAUAGGAUAUGGUGGUAAUGUGCCCGGUGGGAUGGCCGAGUACUGUAGGUACCCAGCUCGAAUGGUAUUCCCCAUUGGCGGCCUUCCAGAUCUGGAAGCAGUCUUGAUCGAGCCAGCGGCAUGUGCAGCGCAUGGCAUCGAGAGGAUGCAGAUGGAGGUUGGCAGCAGAGUGUUGCUGUUCGGAUGCGGGCCAACUGGAAUACUGUUAGCCCAGUUGAUCAAGAUCAACGGCGCUGCUCACUUGACUAUCGCCUCUAAACCUGGACCGAAGCUCGAACUUGCUCGCGAACUUGGCAUCGCGGAUUCCUAUGUCACUAUAUCCGAUGACAACCCCGGCGCUGAUAUGACCACCCUUGAAACCAACAACCCCUACGGUUUCGACAUCGUCGUAGAAGCCACUGGCGCACCGAUUGUUCUGGAAAAGGCCAUAGAGUACGUACGUAAGGGUGGCAAGCUAGUCGUAUAUGGCGUUUACGAUGAGAGUGUAAAAAUUGCUUGGUCUCCUUUCCGCAUCUGGGAGAAUGAGAUCACGAUCUUGGCUAGCUUUUGCAGCAUGAGUCAUAUACCACACGUGCUGGAGUAUGUCAACGCUGGGAGAUUAAAGCUUGGAGGAAUCGCGAACAAGACAUAUAGACUCGAGCAAUGGGAGGAGUGUUUAGACGCGGUGAGGAAGCAAGAGGUUGUCAAGGCUGCUAUUGUGUUCGACUGA